CCCCCGCGCGUGGGAGCUUGCGACGACGCGGACUGCGCAUGGGCGAGGCUCCGCGGGGCGCGUGCUUCUGGCGGAGGGUGACCCACAGGGGAACCGGGCCGGUUCGGCACGCGGGACUGGGCCGCGUGAGGCCGGGUCCCUGGGGCCUGGGGCCCCCGACCCCUACGCUUGGGAGUUCCCGUGGGUCCUCACAGCGGCCCGGGGACCCGAGCCUAGGGAGGCCCGGGGGCGUCGGAGGAAACCGGGGCCCUGACGGACAGGAACGGCAAAGAUGGACCUCAGGAGACUCGCCCAGCUCUUCCGUGGCCCCCGCGCCCUGGGGCUGUCCCUUCUGCAGCCCCUCGGCCCUAUCAGAGGCGGGGGGCAGUCGGUGUGGCUGAGGACUGCGCGGCUCACUCGCCUGGAGUUAGCCACUUCCUACAGCUCCCUCUCUCAGCUGCCCCUGGACCAGGGGAGGCAGAGGAGCUCGGGCAGCGCCCGCUCCGGCCUGAGCCAGCCCAGCCCCACGGGCGCUCGGGAGGAAGAGGAGGAGGAGCCCUUCGGGACCCUCUCCGACAGCUUCUCCUCCAGAAGGAUGUUCCGCAAAUCUACAGCCCAGCUGUAUAACCUCCGGCUCCGGGAACAGAGUGUUGAGGAAGAUGAGGAUCUGGAGCCCCAAUCCUGGCAGGGCCGGAGGAACACUCCACGGUGGUACUUCUUCCGGUGCAAACGCCUGAUCAGGGAAGGCAAGCUGGCAGAGGCCCUGGACCUGUUUGAGAGGCAGAUGCUGAGGGAGGAACGACUCCAGCCCCUGGAGUGCAACUACACGGUGCUGAUCGGCGGCUGCGGCCGGGCCGGCUACCUGAAGAAAGCCUUCCGGCUCUACAACGACAUGAAGAAGCGCGACCUGGAGCCCUCGGAUGCCACGUACACGGCCUUGUUCAACGUCUGUGCCGAGUCCCCCUGGAAGGACUCCGCCCUGCAGAGCGCCCUGAAACUCCGGCAGCAGCUCCAGGCCAGGAACUUCCAGCUCAACCUGAAAACGUACCACGCCCUGCUGAAGGUGGCUGCCAAGUGCGCAGACCUCAGGAUGUGCCUGGAUGUGUUCAAGGAAAUCAUCCACAAGGGGCACACGGUCACAGAGGAGACCUUCAGUUUCCUGCUCAUGGGCUGCAUCCAGGACAAGAAGACGGGCUUCCGGUACGCUUUGCAGGUGUGGAGGCAGAUGCUGAGCCUGGGACUCAAGCCGAACCGGCACGGCUAUAACCUGCUGUUGGGGGCAGCCCGGGACUGCGGCCUGGGGGACCCAGAGGUGGCCUCUGAGCUGCUUCUAAGGCCCAGGGAGAAAGUCCUGCUGCAGCCCCCAGCAGGCGGCCGGCAGGCAAGGAAGGGAGCCAAGGCUGGGGCUGGUGACAACACGUUGGCCAAGCUGCAAGUCGAAGCCCUGGAGAGGCAGCUGUUUCUGGAAGCUCCUCGGGCACCUGGAGGACCAGCAGAGUCUCAGGAGGCCAGAGUGCCCAGUGAGGCCCAGCCUGAGGUGGACACCAGGGCAGAGCCCAACCACACGGUGCCCCUCAGCCCACUGGCACCACGGCUGCCUCCCUUGGAGCUGCAGGUCAACCUGCUGACCCCUGAGGACAUCCCUCCCACUGUGGUCUCCUUUGGGACGGUGACCACCCCAGGUCACAGGCUGGCCUUGAUGGGGGGCCUGGAGGGCUUCCUGGGUAAGAUGGUGGAGCAUGGGCUGCAGCCCGACAUCAAGACCCUCACCAUGCUGGCCGAGGUGGCAGAGCCUGGGAGCCCUGCGGACUCCACGCUGCUGACCGUCCUGGACAGAUACCACGUGGAGCCCGACGUGACAUUCUUCAACACACUGAUGAGGAAGAAAAGCAAGCUGGGAGACCUGGAAGGGGCAAAGGCGCUGUUGCCAGUCCUAGCAAAGAGGGGACUCAUCCCCAACUUACAGACAUUCUGCAACCUGGCCAUCGGGUGCCACCGGCCCAAGGACGGUCUGCAGCUGCUUGCAGACAUGAAGAAGUGCCAGCUGACUCCCAACACCCACAUCUACAGCAGCCUCAUCAACGCGGCCCUCAAGAAGCUGGACUACAGCUACCUCAUCAGCAUCCUGAAGGACAUGCGGCAGAGCGCAGUGCCCGUGAACGAGGUGGUCAUCCGCCAGCUGGAGUUUGCAGCCCAGUAUCCUCCCUCCUUCGACCGGUACAAGGGGAAGAACACCUACCUGGAGAAGAUCGACGGCUUCCGGGCCUACUACAAGCAGUGGCUAAAAGGGAUGCCGGCAGAGGAAACCCCCCACCCUUGGCAGCAGUUUGCGAUCAAACCCAAGGGGCACCAAGACGAAGCCACAGAGGCUGACGCGGACCACGGCGCUGGGGCCAGUGAGGAGGGAGUGCCCAGGAGUCCCCUCCCUCCUGAAGACAAGUGAGCAGGGGCUGGCUGUGGCCUCCCACAUGCAGGAAAGGCUGCAGCACGUUCAGGCGCUGGUAGGAAGACGCGUGCUGGGCCCAGCUGUCCGGCUCACAGUGGGUCCAAGGGCAGCUCAGCCACCGUCCCUCGUCACCUCGGGCCACUCGCUGUGGCACAUGAGCAAAGUGCACUUGCUCGGGCUCCCACAAGGGGGAGCCAGGACCAAGUCCUAGGGGAGUCUGGGCUGUAGUGCCUGGCCCUCCCACUGGGCCCUAUGACUGCUGGUCUAAAACAGUGCACACAGGGCCCAAGAGGUUAAAAGGUUUAUUUUUACAAAUCACAGCUGAUGACCCCGAAGCCCUUGCCAGUAGAGGCCGCGCUCCCACUGGGGCCUGGCGCUCUGUGCUCUGCAGGAGCAGCUCCCAGCAAGCGGGCGGCAUAAGAGGAAGGAACCGCAGAGUCCGGAGUCCAAGGGCCUCAGCCGGAACAGCCCCGGCAGCCACAGUGCGUGCACUCGAUGAUGCGACCCUGCAACAGAGGACGGCCGAGGCUGAGACGCUGCGCUGCCACCCACAACCCCUGCACACACACACGCACACACAGCCACCCUCUGGGCAGCUCCCUGCAGGACACAGCUCAGAAACCUCCCGACAGCCCUGGAUGGGGAAAAGCUGAUUCCCACACAAACACUCAGGUGCUGCUGUUGGCACGGAAGUUACAUGGAUGGGGUAUAUGCAUUUAUGCAAAUUGAAUAUAUGCAGUUGUGGAGAAGAGAAAAACUGGAGUCUUCUCAUUGCUAAAUCAGUGUGGCACAGCCCGCAGUGAGUGGAUACAGGCCUGUGGCUGCUUUGGGGCACACUGCCAGGGACCUCAGGCCGCCUUUGAGCUGGGAAACUUGCUGGGGGGGGGGUGGGGGUGGCAAAGGACAACACUUGUCCUCCAGGAUGGGUUGGCCUGAUGUCUGGCCCAGGACAUGCCCAGCAGACAGAAGGCUCACGAGCAGUGGUUUCUGUUUACUUUUUCAAACUUCUGGAGGCGCAAGACUGUCAUCUAAGCAGACAAAAUCCUCUGGGGAAAUCUAGCUCGACUCAAAGCAGCCUCUGUCAGAGGGGCCAGUGUUGUGUGGCCCAUCGGGUUAAGCUGCCACCUGCAAUACCAACAUUCCAUGUGAGUGCUGAUUCCAAACCCAGCUGCUCCACUUUUGAUUCAGUUCCCUGCUAAUGUGCCUGGGAGGCGGCAAUGAUGGUUCAAGUGCUUGGAGCCCUGUCACUCACACGGGAGACCUGGAUGGAGUUUUAGGCUCCCGGCUUCACUGGCCUAGCCCUGGCUGUUGGGCCAUUUGGGGAGUGAGCCAGUGGAAGAUCUCGCUCUCUAACUCUGCCUUUCGAAUAAAAUCAAUCUUAAAGAAUCAAUAAGGUAGCCAAGGUUAGGGCCCUAGGCUGAGGCAGCUCCUGACGUCUCAUGGGGCCUUCUGUUGCUCUGCUACCAUCAGCAAACAGCUGGCUCAGCACCUUUUGGUGGGGAGGGGCCUCAGCCUGCCCCCGACUGCUCGGCAGCCUGUCCUUGAGCUUCCACACAGGCAGGACAUGCAGCUACGUGCGGAGGUCAAGCCCGAAGUGCUCACGGCAGCGGACAGGGCUCAUGUGAUGAGGCAGCUGCGUGAGGCUGGGAAAGAAGACCACACCAGGAGAUGGGUGGUCCGGCCUGACUCCAUGGACCAUCCUGUCUGCCCAGGGACGGCACAAACAGCCCCUCGGGGGCAUGGCCAGGAAUCCUCCCCCUUAGCCUAGUGCCUGCCCUAAUUCUGGUCACCCGAUGUAGCCCUCCCCCCACCUGGAGGAUGGUAUCGCCACCACCAUUUCCAAGUAUGGAAAGGUGGAGUUCAUUGUGGCUUCCAGACCCACCACACACAACCACUGCCGAACUCCACCUUGCACAGUUCCCUCGACAGACGGGGACAGCCAGGGGACACCUAGUGACAAGACUACAUUCCAGCCCAACCAUACAACAUACAGUGCCUUAGGGUCAACUACACAGGACCUUGAACUGAAAACAGCACCAAACUCAGUCGUCAAGACAUUACCACUUCCAGCUUGCUUUUGGGAACCCGGCAAAUGCAGUUUGUCCCAAAAUUGGUGUCCCGUGUCUGAAUGCACCGCAGGCAGCACAAAUUCUCGUAACCUUGCUUCUUCCACUUCGCAAUCAGGUUUUUGUCCGCGUAGCCUUCUUUAAUACAAUAUUCGUAGAGUUCUGUCAAAAGACGGGGAAGCGUCAUCAGACCACGUUGUAACAGCCUUCGUCCCUCCCCGUGUCAGCAGUGAGAAAAACUGGUGCUUGCUGCAUUGGCAAGGAUCACCACCAUUUCCCUCAGGAACCACAGAGGCUGCCCGAGCUCGAAAUGCCAAGGGAGGGUCUGCCGUCACCUCUGCUUAUGGCUUUCCGCUUGUAAAAGAGGUCGAAGAUGUAGCGCGUCUUCUGGUGGUGGAUCCUGAAGAUGGGCCACAGAGACUCCACCUUCCGCUUCCCUUCGUGAGGCUCUGUUUCCGCUGCGGGGAGAGAGUCGGGUGUGAGGGGCUGGGCAAGCAGGACGGGGUGGGCUUUACAUGCAUGUAGAUCAAGACCCACGACCAGUGCCGCUGUCUGCCCAGCACGGCUGCCACCAAAGUGAGGGUCAGUCCCAGGUGCUGGCAGAUGGGGAUGCUGGGUGGUGCAGCCGCCGUGGUAGUGGUGCAGUCAGAGGCUCCACCUAGGUCACCACGUGACCCAGCACCAGCUUCAUUCCUGCCUGAGUCCACACAUGAAAACACGCUUCACACGCAAACCUGUACGCGAGGCUCCUACAAGCCAAGGAGACACAGCCCAAAUGACCGAACAAAUGACCGAACCCCACGACGGACUGCGAUUCAGUCACAAAGGGGAGUGAAGGUCUGAGACGGCACAGAGCUGGCCCUCGAAAUGUAAGACUACUGCACUGGGGAGCGCACGACUAGAUGCACUCCAUGGCCAGCAGAUACUUCCGAAGGGUGAAUUUUAUAGUAGUUGAUUUAUAGCUCAAUAAAGAUAUAUUAAAAAAAAAA